AUGUCCCCAGGUCCACUGGAACAGCGACUGAGCGCCCUGCUUGAGAAGCGACGUGCUCAGUCCAGGCUGCGAAUCUUAAAGUCCAGCCCACCCGACUCGGUGGACUUUUCAUCAAAUGAUUUCCUCUCGUUAUCCACAAACAGGGAGUUUCAUGAUGACUAUCUUCGGCGGCUGAACGAGAGCAGUACGCCCUUAGGCUCAACAGGAUCGCGAUUACUAGACGGCAAUUCUCAAUAUGCUGAGGACCUGGAACGUGAACUGGCAGCCUUCCAUGGGGCCGAAGCGGGACUUUUGACGAACUCAGGCUUUGAUGCCAACAUCAGCAUAUUUUCAUUCCUCCCAAACGAGGGCGAUGUGAUUGUCUACGACGAGUUGAUCCACGCCAGUGUUCAUGACGGUAUGCGGCAAUGCCGAGCAAAGAACCAGAUCCCAUUCAAGCACAACGAUGUUGAAGAUCUGCGGCGGAUCUUGAGAGAAGUACAGCAGCAUUCAGACUUUCCCGGGACGGUCUUUGUGGCUGUCGAGACAGUCUACAGCAUGGACGGAGAUCUGGCACCGUUGACGCAAAUCGUGAAAUUGAUGGAGUCAAUGUUUCCCAAGAAAAACGCCCAUCUCAUCGUCGAUGAAGCCCAUGCUACGGGCAUCUAUGGACCGAAUGGCUCAGGAAGGGUUUGCGAACUUGGACUUGAAAAGCGCGUGUCUAUUCGGCUCCAUACGUUCGGCAAGGCUCUCGCGACCAAUGGUGCUAUCAUCCUCUGUUCUCCGCUCAUCCGGUUGUAUCUUAUCAACUAUGCUCGACCUUUGAUCUACACCACGUUUAUGUCUUACCCGAACCUUGUCGCUAUCAAAACGGCAUACAUUUGGCUUCGGGGCGGCAAAGCAAACAUUCUUGCAGCGAAACUGUACCAUCUCAUCAACCAUCUUUACACAAAACUCCAGGCCCUGGCCAUACUGGCUUCGGAGGCAACUGAUGCAUCAGGAGUCCCGUUAGUCACAUUCCCCACGACAUGUCCCGAAUCACCCAUAUUUGCCCUGUUGAGCCCCCAUCCUCGGUCCCUGGCUUCAUACUGUCAAGCCGCGGGGUUUAUUGUGCGUCCUGUCGUGGCUCCGACGGUGCCGGCAGGUACUGAGCGGGUGAGAGUGUGUUUGCACUCCGGAAACACAGUUGAGCAGAUUGACAAUCUUGUUGCAUGCGUCAAAACGUGGAUUCUGAAGGAGAGGGCAGCAUCUGUUCAGCAGGAUGAAAGACAAUUACUCGCUAAGAUUUGA